GAUUUUCCUGCAAACCGAACAACCUGAAAGUAGACUACAUGCUGACGCCAGUCCAGCAUCCCGGCUGACAUUGCUGGCUGGCAAGUCUCUGAACAUCGAGCCCUUUGUGGGCCUGAGGACGAACCGCCAGGUCAAUAUCUUGAGCUUCAAGAUUUUGAGGUGCAUCGGGGCAGGCGGCUUCGCCAAGGUGUUUCUCGUGAGGAGCCGGAUCGACGGGCGUUUCUAUGCCAUGAAGCUGAUCCACAAGCAAAUCCUGACCGACAGCCGACGCGAAAUCAUCGUCAUCAACGAGAAGGAGAUCAUGGUGUCGGUCAACCCCUUCCUGAUGUCGCUGCAGUACUCCUUCGAAAGCAAGGACUACGCAGUGCUGGUGAUGGAGUACUGUCCCGGAGGCGAGCUGUUCACCUACAUCAAGCGGGAAAAACGGUUCGAUGAGGAAACCGCGCGCUUCUACUUCCUGGAGAUUCUGCUGGGCCUUGAGGAGCUGCACUCGAGGCAUGUCAUCUACAGGGACAUCAAGCCUGAAAACAUUCUGAUCGGGCUUGACGGCCACGUCAGGAUCACCGACUUCGGGCUGAGCAAGCCGGGAAUCCAUGGCCGUGACCAGGCGCAUUCCUUCUGCGGGUCGCCUGAGUACAUGUCACCCGAGAUGAUCGCCAGGGGGCAUUCCUUCACAGUGGACUACUACUGCCUGGGCGCGCUGCUGUACGAGAUGGUGAAAGACCCCGAGGAAGUAUCCGACGAGGCUGACAGCGAGAUCAAGCCCAAGAGGAAGAGAGGCCGGCCUCCCAAGGCCAAGCACGUCGAGGAGGAAGAAAAGCCUGUCUUCGACUGCAAGUACUUCUUCGACGAGCCUGCCUAG